AUGGCAUCUACCACCAAAUCCGAUAUGGACCGAAUCGGUCUAUUUAAAGAAAUGGAAUAUGUUACAAUCAAAGAUCCAUUUAAAGGAGCUGCUAGUUUUACUUUCAAUGAAGCAGCUAGUAAGAAUAAACAAAUGAUGUCAAAAAGCUCAAAACAACGAGCAACAGGAUCAUUAGCUGGAUAUUUUGAUACUCAAUUUAAAUUAUUGCCCGGUUCCUAUGUUGACCCUAUCUCAAUGCGGCGUAAAGCACGUAUGGAAGAAAAAAAGAAAAAUAUUGUCAGCAAGCCGUUUGUGACUAUGUUUCGACCGAAAGAUCCUGAGGGUCUAGGUUCGUUUUUUGGAACAAUCGGUGGCGGUAUAAAAGAUCUCGAUCCAACUAAAUCAAAAUAUCGUGAAGAAAAAAAAGCGCCGCAUGAAAAAUCAAAUUUUAAAGUAAAUCCACCGAAAAAAGGCACAGGUUAUGGUUAUCCUAAUGUAGGUAUUGAUAAAGAUCCUCCAUAUACUUACAAAGACAAAACAGAUAAUUAUGACGCAUCAUUGGAUGCUCAACGUAAAGACUAUACUCAUCAUAAAUCUUCAAUGAAAGCAGGUGUAUUCAAAUUAAACAUGCAUCCAAAAGACUAUUUUUAUACUAAUCCAUUUCGUGAUGAUGGUAAAGGAGCUAAGCAUCGUGGCGAGACUAAAGAACGUUCUAAAUCAGCACCAUCCGAUAAGAAACCAUUUAAAUAUAGUUCACCUGGCAAAUCGCUUGGUGGUAACAAAGAUGGUUGUUUUGAUAAAUUUCCUAAACGCAGUGAUAAAGAUCCAUUUGUUAUUGGUUCUAUACAUUCUCAAGUAAAAAAUGAAGUUAACAAACAUGGUAAAACAUAUUAUCCAAAUAAAUUUCCUAAAACACGUCCCACUGAGUCUGUUAUAAAUAAAAAUGUUAGCGUGAAAAUUACACGACAAAAUUAUAAACAAGCAACACAAAAUUAUCAUGGAUUUCAACUACCGCAAAGAUGUGCUUCUGUUCAUUAG